ACGUGAUGAGGUUAUAUAAUGUAAUCACGCUCGCGAGUCAUGAUGUUUUUGCCCUUUCCCGUCGAGAUUUCUGAUUUUUCAUUCGUUGAUCGAGAAUCAUAAACAUGUAGAGAGAGAGAGAGAGAAAGAGUACAAACACACGUAUCUAUACUUGGCAGUAAAAAUCUCCGUGCUUCGGGGUUGUUGCGAUAUACUGCGCGGAUGUACGUCGAUAAAAGAAAUUGAAUAUUAAUUCGUUCAUUGAUCACAAUUACGUGAUGACACAUGCGUCUCUCACACGCGUUUGGAAACUGAUCGUGUCUAUCGGCCUUCAAACCUCAUUAACGUGAUUGAUCAGCUUGACUAUGAAGAAACACGAACCGUUGAUAGAACAUGGUAUAGUUAGCAGUACCUCUUCGGAUAGGAAAUUGCAACAAUUGGAUACCUUUCUUGGAUUCUAGUGUUCUUGAAAAUUAUACUAAUAUGAGUAAUGUUACAUCAGAAGAGAUUUCACUGAGAUCGAUCUUCCGACUCAACAGCAGUGAUUUUAAAGAAUUCUUCUGCGGCUGGGGUUCCGCCGUCAUCAACGUCUCUGUCACCUUUCCAAUCAACAAAAUUAUAUUUAGACAGAUUUUGGAAGGAGUUCCGGUGACCGCCGCGGUCGGACAGAUGUCACGGGAGGGAUUGCAGCUGCUGUAUCGCGGGAUCUUGCCGCCCCUGUGCCAGAAGACUCUGUCUGUCAGCGUGAUGUUCAGCGUGUACGAGGGAUGCAAGCAGAGGCUCAUCUUCUUGACCGGGAGCCCCGUGUUGGCCCAAGUGAUGGCGGCGAACAUGGCCGGCGCGACGGAGGCUCUUCUGAUGCCGUUCGAAAGAGUACAAACGCUGUUGCAAGACUGGCACUAUCAUGACAAGUUCAAGAACACAUCGCACGCGUUCAAGCACCUGCUGACAAAUUAUGGAGUAGCGGAAUGUUAUCGCGGCUUCCUGCCGAUCGUCUACAGAAACGGCUUGUCCAAUCUCAUGUUCUUUACCCUGCGCGACCGGUCGAAGUUGCUGAUGGGCGAACACGAGUCGCUGGUGACGAACUUCGUGAGCGGCGCCCUGAUCGGCGGCUUCGUCAGCACGGUGUCGUAUCCGCUGAACGUGAUCAAGAUACACAUGCAGGCGAAGAUUGGCGGCGACUUCGAGGGGUUCCUGACCGUCAUGCGCGAGGUGUACAUCUCCCGGGACCGGAGCAUAACUUACUUCUACAAGGGUGUGCACCUCAACUACAUGAGAUCCUUCAUCAGCUGGGGUGUGAUCAACGCGUCGUACGACUUCUUGAAGAAGAUCUUUUUCUAGAUCGCGAUUUAACACGCUGUUAUAUUUAUUUAGGAGGUAUAUUUUUCCACACGAUCCCUGCUGUACAUAUUCAUUGACAAUGAGAGAUUAAUUAUUACUCAUUAUUAAGCAAUUAUUAGGCAAUUAUUAUGCAAUUAUUAUGCAACGAUAGGGUGAUUUUUUCGUCUGUGUAUGAGCGUCGAAUCGCGCAUCCUCCCAGUCGCCAAUGACCAGGAUUGCACACAGGAACAUGGUGUCUAUUGUGAAAACUUUGCACAGUGACUGGACUUACAGUGAUUAGGAAUUUUCUUUUGAGUCUAUUUCAAACAAUCUACAAGGUGUCCGAACAUAAGAGAACACCUAAAUAUCUUGGGGGCCUAAAUAUGGGGACCUUGAAAAAAAAAGUCGAGAAAAAUGAGCGUGGAAAAAUUUCCUUCCGCCAUAUUUCUCCUUCGAAAUGACUCACGUUGUGCUCUAAACAUUUCUUACAUCAUUAAAAACAAAGGAGAUAUUUAAGUAUUCUCCUUAUGCUAGGAUGUCUUCAUCUUGUAUAAUAAGGACAAGAUUCAAAGCAGGAUUCUGGUUGCGAGAGAACUAUUCACAGUGUAUUUAUAUGAAUGCUCAAAUGUAAUGUAUUAUGUUGUACAUGCGGUUCCACGUCUAUUUUGGAUUAUAGAUCACUCAAAGCAGGCAUUAAAGAUAUUAGCCGAUCGAAUUAUUUUUAUUCCGGGUGAACAUAAAUAGUCACAUGGUGAAUUUACAAGAAUUCACACCAUCAUGUUUUCUUUCUGCCUGCAGAAAGACUGUAUUAUUUGUAAAUAUAGAUCUAGAUAAUUAAUUAUGUUUUUUUAAUUCUCCGAUGAUUUAGCUAUAUUAUUGUAUCAUUGUAUGAAUACAUUUAGGGAUUUUUAUAAAUUAAAAUGUGUAAAUAUUUGAGGAAUAUGUAAAUUAAUGGGAUAGAAAAAUACGGAUAAGUAGAUAGAAGAAUUUUUGCCAACUCGUACGUAGAGUGCUAUCUGAUUGUAAUCCGAUGAAAACGCGUUUUCUGCUUUUGUCUCAAGAACUGUAUAUAAUUCGAUCGUUCUGAGAUCCUUCGUAGAAAUUCUGUAAACUUCUGGACGCUUAGUAAUUGAUGCGUAUAAUGUAUGAUAUUACAUAAUCUACAUGUGAUAUUACAUUUUAAUAUAAACAUGUUCCAAGGACCUUUCAUAGAAUAGAGACAAUUACAGCGGAAUUAGACAAUUUAUUGUUUAAAUACAAUACUAUUUUUCAUAUGUUAUUAAUUUUGUAUUAAAUAUAUAACGUUAUAUAUUUACGUUGUGAUGUGUCUAAGAGAGUCUCCACGGGUCGCAGAAACAGUUCGAUCGACAAUACACGUCGCACGUGGGAUAUAUUGUUAAUUACGUCGUUUAAUAAGUCAAUUUACAAGAAAUAUUCGAAAAGAGAAAUACGUACGCAUUCGGAUAUAUAUCUUACAAAUGAUGUUUAUUCUUCAUGGGAUGUUUAUGCGCAGUUAUGCAAAAAUACAAUACACAAUUUCGAUAUCAA